ACCUUGCCCUCUCCGUUGCACAGAGCCAUGUGGAGGAAUGAGCCGCCCUCGUCUCUUCUCGGUGUCCCGGCUCUCGCAGAGCUCGUUAGCUUCGCUCGUGAGUGACGGGGUUGUCAGCGCCUCCUCGCUCUGCUCUGCUCUGCUCUCACUGCCGCCGGAGCAGAAGUUUCACUGAGGCCGCGCUUGAUAAACGUCUGUCCGCGGGAUGGGUGGAGCACAAAGUUCAAGCCAAACGCUCCCGAUUCAGGGCUUCGCUGAGCGCGUGACCACUGGAGGACGGUCACACCAUGGUUCGGAUCGAGACGAGAAGGUGGGACGCUGCUGUCCGGAAGACAUGAGCACCACCUUCCACCGUGCUCCGCCGCUGCCCUUAAAUGAGCUCCAUCCCCAUUCAUGCCUUUCUCAGGCAGAACGUUCACUUUCAUCCAUCACGCUCUGACGCUAUAUAUUCCAGGCUUUCAUACUCCAUAUUCACAGGUGACACUUCAGCGAGGAAGACAAAUAGUGCAAGUGUGUCGCCGACUCAGCAGCUGAUCUCUGUGGUCUGAGAAGGUCCCAGCCGCACAGGAGAUACUCUGACCCCUGGGAGCGUUUGACGCCCGAGCCGUCAUGGAACACUCUGAUUCCUACAAGCCUCUGAACGGACGCCAGAGGAAACUGGCGGCUGCCUAUUUCAGCAAUGACAGUCGAGGAGGAAGGGACAGAAGAAAGAGCCCUUUGGAUCCGGAGGAUGAGUUGAACCUCAUCCCAGAGUCCGACUCGGAGGGCGCCAUGCAUCGCCAGCCUGGAAUUCGUGGCGAGAUGGGGAAUGUCUUGCUCCUGCUCUUCCUCUAUGUCCUGCAGGGCAUCCCUCUGGGUCUGGCUGGGAGCAUCCCCCUGAUUCUGCAGAGCAAGAGCGUCACCUACAAGGACCAAGCCUUUUUCAGCUUUGUCUUCUGGCCUUUCAGUCUCAAGCUCUUCUGGGCGCCACUGGUGGAUGCCCUUUACUUCUCCAGAUUUGGUCGAAGGAAGUCAUGGCUGGUGCCUACACAGUACCUUUUGGGCCUUUUCAUGCUUUACCUGUCUGUCAGAGUUGAUGCACUGCUGCAGAGCGAAGGAGGUCCGAACGUGGUGGCUCUCACUGCAGUCUUCUUCAUGCUGGCGUUUCUGGCAGCCACUCAGGAUAUCGCUGUGGAUGGCUGGGCUCUGACCAUGUUGUCCAGAGAGAACGUGGGAUACGCCUCCACGUGCAACUCUGUGGGUCAGACAGCAGGAUACUUCCUGGGCAAUGUGCUCUUUCUGGCUCUGGAGUCCCCCGACUUCUGCAACAAGUACAUCAGAGUGGUGCCCAAGGAAAGUGGCAUCGUCACUCUGCCAGACUUCCUCUUCUUCUGGGGAGUGGUGUUCCUGGUGUCCACCACGUUGGUUGCCAUCUUGAAAAGGGAGAACCAGCCCGGUGGAGGGAGGAGGUCUGAGGAGGAGACGCAGGGCGUCAUGGAGACCUACCGGCUGCUCCUCUCCAUCACCAGGAUGCCUGCGGUCUUCACCUUCUGUGCCCUGCUCCUCACCGCCAAAGUGGGAUUCUCCGCAGCAGAUGCCGUCACAGGCCUGAAGCUGGUGGAGGCCGGCGUCCCCAAGGAGCAGCUGGCGCUACUGGCCGUGCCCAUGGUGCCGCUGCAGAUCCUCCUGCCCCUGGUCAUCAGCAAAUACACAGCCGGGCCCCGGCCGCUGGACGUCUUCUACAAGGCUUUCCCCUGCAGGUUGCUCAUCGGGCUGCUCUUCGCUCUGCUGGUGUGGUGGACCCCGAGCGUCAAACACGAGGGAGGAUUCCCGCUGUAUUACUUCGCCAUCGUCUUGCUGAGCUACGCCGUGCACCAGGUGGCGCUCUACAGCAUGUAUGUGGCCUGCAUGGCCUUCCACGCUAAAGUCAGCGACCCCCUGAUCGGUGGCACCUACAUGACGCUGCUGAACACGGUCACCAACCUGGGAGGGAACUGGCCCUCCACCGUGGCCCUGUGGAUGGUGGACCCUCUCACCUGGAAGGAGUGUCGCGGAGCUGCCGGCCAGCGCUGCGCCUCCGCAGAGGAGGCGGCGCUGUGUGUGAAGGAGGGCGGCGCCUGCGUGACCACGCUGGACGGCUACUACGUGGAGUCGGCCGUGUGCGUGCUGAUCGGCCUGCUGUGGUGGCUGUGGCUGGGCAAGAAGAUGAAGAGGCUGCAGGAGCAGAGGCCCAGCGCCUGGAAGUGCAGAGUGAGCCAGUGAGGAGCGGCUCCCAGGGACCUGCUGCUUCUGAUGCUCUCAGGUCGCAAUCAGAACCAGAACCGAAGGAUGACCAAGGGCCAGUUCUGCGACUCUCCACCUCCCCGAGCUCGUAAUAGCCAAGUCCGAGUCAAGAGCGUGUCCUCAGAGCAGAAGCAAGGGACGCAGGGCACCGUCAGCAACACUGGAGGGCCAGGUCCAACACGAAGUCAGCCGCCCUCAGCUGGACCCCUCUGAUCCUCCUGGUGACCUCAUCCUUGACACCUCAAUGCUAGUCCUCUUCUGCUGCCUUGUGCUUCUCCUGUCCAGCAUUCCUUCCGCCUGUUCCAAACCUCUGCAUCUGGUCUCCUUCCUCGCCUCUCCUCAUCGGAUUACAGGAGAAUACGCUUGAAGUUUGACCAGAGAAACAUGUGAAGGCUGAACUUCAGCUCUGCAGCAGUGACGUCUCCAUCAAAUGGAGUCUCACACACAGGUGACGUGUGGCUUCAACACUUGUUCUUUGCUCUUCAGUGCCUUUGAGAGCCGAAUCGUUCUCUCAGUUUGCUUCAUUUACGCUCCACUCUUGUCACCGUUUUGCCUGCGAGGAUGUCCUCACACGUCACUUACUUCCACACACUCUUGUCCUGUGUAACGUGUCACGAAACGCUGUCACUGUGUUUGUUUGUUUUAUCAAAGAACUUUUAGUCAGUUUGUUGGAUAAAUGUUGUGGUGCUUGAAUCAAAUCAUAUCAUUGUCACACCUGUUUUCUCAUCUGUUAUGUUUGUGUUUCGUUCAAACAAGCCGUGUGAAUCUACCAACAAAACCAGAUCAACCGUCAGACACGAAGCCUCGUAGAAACGAAGUCUUUUCCUCGACGUGUGUCAGAUGUGUUGUGACACACCUCACCACUGUAAUGACUGCCAAUAUAUCGAUGGUUCUCUCAGAAUAAAUUCACCUGUUACCGGAGGACCCUUUCUCACCUUGUGCUCCUUGUUUAGGGCCAUAGUCGCGUGAAACUCAGAAUGAGAAGAGAGGUGUGUGACGGACUCGAUAAUCGUAGUGAUGAUAGAUGAGGUAUCAUGGCGCAGCGCUGCAAGCUUGAUGGGGUGGCGCUCUGGGUUGGAAGAUGAUGUGAAAUUUCAUUGAAGUGGUUGCUCCAAUCCAAAGGUAAUUCUGUGAAAAUAAGGAGUUUCAUGAAGCCUCACAAGAUUUCCCAGGUCAGGGACGAUCUUCUGAGGCGUCAUGAAACACUGUCCUCGUUUUCUGAGCCCACUAGACGGCACGCUCUGCUCUAAAAAAAACAUCACUUUUAAGCAGAGCGCCACCUACUGAGCUCUGCGACACACGAAGCCUCAUCACCACAGACGUCAAAAUAAAAAGCUGAAACCCGUCCAGGGCACAGCAGCUCGCUGGCACAGGACUGGAAUCAGUCCAGGUCACGGCCCAACAACUUUUUCAUCUUUUAUUAUAAUUAUUAUUUUUACAGGAAUUUGAAAUAAUCCUGCUCAAGGAGCGAGUGCUGAUGGAAGAGUUGUCCAACUCCGGCAGAACAACUGGCUCCAGCCGUGGCUGUUUCUGAGC